UGGGAUAGAUGCAUGAGUCUGCUCGUUGCCAUGGAUACCAGCACGCGUAAAUUCACUGUGCGGAGAUGGUUUUCAAUCUACCUGAAGAACAAGGCAGCAAGGAAUAAGAAUAACACAGGCUUCUGUCAACUAGAGGAUGACAGCAUAUUGAAGGAGAUUGACAUCAGCCACCAUGUUAAAGAGGGCUGUGAGAAGGCAGACCCCUCUCAGUUCCAACUGCUCAAGGUGCUGGGACAGGGAUCCUAUGGAAAGGUAUUUCUGGUGAGAAAGAUCAGAGGAGUGGACAGGGGACAACUGUAUGCCAUGAAAGUCCUGAAGAAGGCCACGUUGAAAGUGCGGGAUCGUGUGCGAUCCAAGAUGGAAAGAGAUAUUUUGGCAGAAGUGAACCAUCCAUUUAUAGUUAAACUGCACUAUGCCUUCCAGACAGAAGGGAAGCUCUAUCUGAUCCUAGACUUCCUCCGGGGAGGAGACCUUUUCACUCGUCUGUCAAAGGAGGUCAUGUUCACAGAAGAGGAUGUUAAGUUUUACCUUGCAGAGUUAGCCCUUGCCUUGGACCAUCUACAUAGUUUGGGGAUCAUCUACAGGGACCUCAAACCUGAAAAUAUUCUUCUGGAUGAAGAAGGACACAUCAAAAUAACUGACUUUGGAUUGAGUAAGGAAGCCAUCGACCAUGACAAAAGAGCAUAUUCAUUCUGUGGAACUAUAGAGUACAUGGCUCCAGAGGUCGUCAACAGGAGAGGACAUACCCAGAGUGCUGACUGGUGGUCGUUUGGGGUACUUAUGUUUGAAAUGUUGACAGGAUCGUUACCAUUCCAGGGAAAAGACCGAAAGGAGACAAUGGCGCUUAUUCUAAAGGCCAAAUUGGGAAUGCCACAGUUCCUCAGCCCUGAAGUGCAGAGUUUAUUAAGAGCUCUCUUCAAGAGGAACCCUGCUAAUCGAUUAGGUGCAGGUCCAGAGGGAGUGGAAGAAAUAAAGAGACAUCGUUUCUUUGCAUCGAUAGACUGGAAUAAAUUGUACAGGAAGGAAAUGAGGCCUCCGUUCAAGCCAACAGUUGGCAGACCUGAGGACACGUUUCAUUUUGACCCAGAGUUCACCUCCAGAACGCCCACUGAUUCCCCUGGUAUCCCUCCUAGCGCAAACACACACCAGUUGUUUCGUGGUUUCAGCUUUGUGGCAACUAAUCAAAGUCAGGAGCCUAGUGUUGCCACGGUAACACCUUCCCGCCAGGAGGUGAACAACAUCAACCCCAUAGCACAGCAUCUCCGUGGUGAUGUGGCCUUCAGUGAUGUUUAUGAGCUGAAGGAAGAAGUUGGACAGACAGCGACCUCUGUCUACAAGAGAUGUCUGCACAGAGUUACUGCUGUGGAGUAUUCAGUGAAGAUUAUUGAAAGAGCGAGGAAAGAUCCAUCAGAAGAGAUUGAGAUUCUGUUGCGAUAUGGACAGCAUUCAAAUAUUAUUACUCUGAAAGAUGUGUUUGACGAUGGCCAGACUGUAUUCCUGGUGCAGGAUUUACUGAGAGGAGAUGAGCUGCUGGAUAGAGUAUUGACGGUGCCAAAUUUUAUAGAGAAAGAUGCCUCAGACAUCAUCUGCACAUUGACCAAGACUGUGGAAUAUUUACACUCACAGGGGGUCGUGCAUCGGGACCUGAAGCCCAGCAACAUUCGCUAUUCUGAUGACAGAGGACUCCCAGAAUGCAUCAGGAUAUGCGAUUUUGGCUUUGCCAAGCAGCUAAGGGCUGAAAAUGGUUUAUUGAUGACCCCCUGUUACACCGCUACAUUCAUGGCUCCUGAGGUUCUGAGGAAGCAGGGUUAUGAUGCAGCCUGUGACAUCUGGAGCCUGGGGAUCCUGCUCUACACCAUGAUAGCUGGUUUCAGCCCAUUUGCCAGCAGUUCUGAGGACACAGCAGAGGAAAUUCUGGCUCAAAUUGGCUGCGGAAAAUUCACCAUCACAGGAGGAAACUGGGACCUGGUGUCAGAUUCUGCCAAGGAUAUUGUGGUUAAAAUGCUCCACGUGGAUCCUCACCAGCGCCUGACUGCCCCCCAGGUUCUUCGCCAUCCCUGGAUUGUAGAGAGAGACCAGCUCUCUGACAGAGUUCUCUCCAGACAAGAUGCACUCACUGUCAAGGGGGCACUGUCUGCCACCUACUCUGCUCUGAGGCGCUGUGCUCCUGCUCCAGUCCUGGAGCCUGUUCAGUCCUCCAGCCUGGCUCAGCGAAGAGGGAUGAAGAAACAGGGGAGUCCCGAUGCUAAUUCAGACCUUAAAGAAAAGGAGUAG